CCCCUGUAACAGUGACGGUGCGCUGAAGGAUUGUCGGACAGUUUAAGGCUGUCAGUUGCGCCAGCAGGACCUGUACACCAGCAUUGGGAGCGGGCACUGGGGUAGUUCUGCCGCUGGACUGACUUACAAUGUCAGGGAGCGAUGCAAUAAUGUACCACUUAUUAUGACAGAGGGGGAGGAGACCAACCCUCGCCUUCUUUAGCCUGUAUCUGAAUGGUCCCGGGGUGGCGGGCUCGGUAGGAAGCCGAGGGAAGUGAACUCAAAUCUCAGGCACGCGUCGUGGGGAAAGGCAAACAGGCGCAUCCGGGCGUUUCUCGCUGAUCCUCUUGAGUUGGGGCAGAACUCCUCCUUCUGCGGGACAUCUGUUCUAGUGCUGGGACCUCCGGUCAGACGCUCCUAUCGCCAGCUGCUGCAGGGUUGGGAACCUGGACAUAAAGUGCGUGGUUUCGGCAAAGCUGAGUAAGGACGGUUGUCUCCGGGGAAGUGGAACCGACCGUUUUCUGCUGCCUGUUUGGCUGGAACCAGGGCCACCUGUUGAUUCCAUGGGCACUCUGAACAUCUGAGGGAAGAUGGCACAACCAGCACGAAUGAAUCUGAGUAUCCGGGAUCUGGGAAGCCGUACAUUGUAUAACGAGUUGGAUGACAGUGAGAGGAGCCCAUAUGCUGUUGAAACACCAUACGGUUUCCAGUUGGAUCUGGAUUUCCUCAAAUAUGUUGAUGACAUUCAGAGUGGAAACACUCUGAAGAAAGUGAGCAUUCAUCGUAAACCAAAGAUAAGACCAUCAACAAGCACCAGUGGAUGGACCUCCACAGAAUCGUUGUCCUCCUCGACCAGUGAGGACAUAAAAGCUUUGCCAACAACACCAAAGUUUAGAACUCACACAGUUGCUUACGAAAUAAAGGAUCCUAUAUGUAAUCAGCCCUCAAAUGCCACGUCACCACCACCAGUCAAUAGUCUUCUUCCACCUCCUUCUCCAAGGUCUUCUCUGAGGAACAUUCGAGUGGAAAAGACUUUGCUGGAGACCAGUCGAAGGCUUCAGCAGGAACAGUUGACCUCUGAAGAUUUACCGAGACCCGGACUGUCCAGCACUGUAUCCAAGUCGGGCAUAAGUUCACAUUGUCAAAGCCAAAGCUCCCCAUCUGCUCAACAAAACACUUCUGUGGGAAAUGGUGAUGUUAACCCAGUAUCCAAUCCAUCAUUCACUGGCUUCUUCAGAUUUAGCCCUGUGAACUCAGGAAGGAGCUCACCAGUCACAGGUAUCACACCAGGUCACCUUCAACACAUCCGGGAGCAGAUGGCGGCCGGCUUGAGGAGGCUGAAGGAGCUCGAAGAACAAGUGAAGAUGAUUCCUUGUCUGGAGAGGAAACUGACUGCAGUAAAUGAAGAGAAGCAGCAGCUUAUAGCAGAGCUGAAAAAAAGAAAAGGUUGUAGUCCAUCUGAAGCACUUCUCCUUCGUCAGCGCUCGUACAGCACAGGGAACGUGGCUCAGUACCAGCCAGAUGCCAAGAAGGUGGUGGACCUUCAUAUUGAUUUAGCUGGUGACAACAAUGAGAAAAGGUCCAGUAAAAUUAAAGAGCUUAGGCGGUUAACUGAGAAGUUGACGCUUGUUGAUAGGAGUAGAACGUGCUCUAAAGGCUCAUCUGUGGCAACAUCUCCAACCUCCCCGAACAAAAAUGUGCUGUUGAAGUCCGUGGGUGUAGGGGAAGAAGUGGACAUGAAUGAAGUUGUCUUUUACUACAAGUCAGAGAGACCGACUGCAGAGGCAGCAGUUGGAACGGAAGUAGAAGUGACGCACGUUGGUGUUGGAGUUGUUGAAACAAUGUUGGGGUUGACUACUGAGGCACAGGAGGAAAUUGAAUUUCUACAGGAAAUUAUUGAGGGCCAGAAAGCAAAUAUCUCAAUGAUUGAAGCGGAAUUGGAGGAGGCAAGUAAUGAAUUGAACAACUUAAAGCUGAAUACACCACUUGUUACUUGCAAGAAGACAGUCGAUGCCAGUGUGAUGGUGCAGCCACACAUGGUCAAUGCCGGCAUGGAAGCAAAGGUUCCAGUCAUGAGUCGAGCAGUUGGCGAUCACUUGGAGAUUACAGAUGCUUCUGUGGACUGCGCCCCACAGAUGUCUAGCAUAGGAGUCAGCUGCAGUUUACGAGUACAGGAGGUCUCUGUUGGUCCAGAUACUCCAAUUACACAAGAGGAAACUGCUGAUCUACGUCUUGUGGAGAACCUGGAUGUUCACAGUCAGCGUACAACUGGAUUUAGACAGGACGGGUCCAGAGAAAUACAGGAAGGUGACAUGAAGAUGAAUACUAUUGAACUGGCUGCAAAUGACAGCAGUAAAAAAUUAGAGUGCAGUCCGAGUAUAGAAAUAAAAGAUUAUGUCACCGAAUUUAAGGAUGGGGUGACUAGAGUGAAUUUAUCAAAAGACACAGUCCAAGAGAGACGUGUUGCAGUAAAACUUUGUAGCACGUCUUUGCAGGUUGUGUGUGAGAGAAAAACAAAUACUCAGGAAGGUGAGCAAAAUCCCCUGGAACCUCAGUGCACAGUCAGUCCCACUAAAGGGGUCCUUAAGUCAAUCAUGAAAAAGAAGGAUGGAUCAAGCAAUGCUGAGUCAAAUGCAAGCAAAAAAAAUCUACAAUUUGUUGGUCUUUUGAAUGGAGAAUAUGAAACAAGUUCAAGUGAGGAAUCGAGUGGUGAGGAGAGCUCCACUGACAAAGUGAUUGUAGACAGUUCGGAAAGUGAAUUGGGAAAUUGCAGUGAGUGUUCAGAUGAGGAUGGUGUUGCAAACCUGAAUGACAGUGACAGCGACAACAGUGAAGGUGCUGAGCAAUGCAGGAGCAAGUCUGGGAAGGAGAUGCUGGAGCAGAGCAAACAGAGGGAAGUGAAGAGGAUCUGUGAAGAGGAAGUCAAAGAGAAAUUUGAGUUGAGUCCAAAGAUGCGUGAAGUCUGCCUGAUCCUGAAAAAUCAUUUCAAUGACCCAGGCCCGGUGAAGAGCAAGGAAGUGAUGUCCAGUCUGAAUGCCCUCCAACAGGAGUGGUUCAGAAUCUCCAGCCAGAAAUCCGCCUCGCCCCAGACCGUCGCCGACUAUCUGAUGGGUUUCGCCGAAAUGUCACCGGCAAUCCUGACCCACGUUGUCAACCUGUCUGAUGCAAACGGCAACACGGCCCUACACUACUGCGUCUCCCACUCCAACUUCAAGAUCGUCAGGCUUCUGUUGGACACCGGUGUGUGUAACGUUGACUGGCAGAACAAGGCGGGUUACACAGCUAUCAUGCUCGCUGCUCUGGCUGCCAUGGAGACUGAAGCAGAGAUGAAAAUUGUGAAGCAGUUGUUUAGUUUGGGAAACGUUAAUGCCAAGGCUAGUCAGGCAGGUCAGACAGCCUUAAUGCUGGCUGUAAGUCAUGGACGUAUCGAAAUGGUGAAAGCCUUACUGGAUUGUGGAGCUGAUGUUAAUAGUCAGGACAAUGAGGGCUCCACUUCACUGAUGUGUGCCUGUGAGCAUGGACGUCUGGAGAUCGUGAAAGUCCUCCUGGACCAGCCAGCGUGCAACAUCUCACUGACUGAUAAUGAUGGCAGUAAUGCAUUGUCCAUCGCUUUGGAAGCCAAUAACAAAGAAAUUGCUGUCUUGCUUACUGCACGCAGGAAAUUCGAGUCUUCAUCACAGGUCACUCCAUAGACUGUUCCAGUGGCAACAGCAGCCUACUUUAUGAAGAUCACAGCUACUAUCAUCAUUCUCAUCCAACAGUAUUCACCAGUGCAAUUUUUUUUUAAAAAAAGGGAUGUUUCUCUUAAUAUGUUGAUUAAAGCAACAGAUGUCAUCACUAUAUUGUCAUAUUGUCAGCAUCUAAGAACUGCCUUUUAUUAUAUGUGAAGCAAAAAUAGCAUUUUGCAUUAAAAAUUGGAACUUUGACUGUGGCUGCUGCAUAAUCUGAAUUCCUAACUAAUGUAUAAUUUUUUUAAACCCAGGGAGACCCAGAAUAGAACCAAAAAAAAGGUGCUGGAAGCAUUUGGGUCAGGCAGUAUCUUUGUAAGACUGAGCCUAAAACAUUAACUGCUUCUCUUUCAGAAAAAACAAGCUGCUGAAGGAACUCAGCAGGUCAGGCAGCAUCUGUGGAGGCAAAGGCAUAGUCAAUGUUUUGGGUCAAGACCUUGCAUUGGUCCUAGUUUCUUCUCACUUCAUUUCCACAUUUGUCUGAAUAUUCAGAAUACAUCCUGUGGUGCUAUCUUCAGAAGUCAUUGCUUGCCUAUUGCCUUUAAGCUUAAAGGAUUGACUUAUACAUUUAGCUACACUGUGGUGCAUCCAAAAUGAUAAACUAGCAUUAAAAUGCUUUAAGUUGCUGGGACAUCUCAAAACAAAUUCCUUCCAUCCACUCGCAGGACAAGACUGGAAAUACAAAACCGUCCAAACCUCAAACAUGGAGGACAAAUACCAACUAAAUGGCAAUUAAAUUUAUCUGGCAACUAUUGCUCAGUAUCAUCAGGAUUCAACACCUUCUGCCCGAGUUGUGCAGGUUUUCAGCUGUGUAACUGGACUAAUUCUAAAAUUCCAACUUCAAUGCAGUAUUAGAAGGGCCUGAUUUAGAC